AUGGUAAGCACCAUACAUUAGGAUGGGAUUUCCAUGGUAAGAGCCAUAACAUUUAGCUAAAUCCUAGUGCUACGGGUGUGGCUCAGAUGAGCGCUGAGCCUGUGGGUUGGCAUCCGCGGCGUCGGGUGGGCGCCGCCGGCGCGGCCCGCACGGGGCACCCUUCGCGUGUGGCUCACAGCCGCCCAGCUGCUUGCGUUUGCCGGGUACCUCAUUGUGCACGACGCGGCGAAUCUGUAUAUUCAGGCCCACCCGCGGCUGUUUCGAGCCGCCUCCGCCCGCGCCCGCGCGCUUGGAAGAAGAGAGCUGGCUGACGCGCGCGGCGAUCGCGCUGACAUUCGGGGCUGGGGUCCGGUCCGCGUGGUCGAUGGGCUGGAUACUGGUCAGCAUCGUCUCGGUGAACAUGCGGGUUUCUGGACCAGAAGAAUGGCCGCCGAUGUUUGCUGGCCCCGCGGAAGCCUGCUCUAUCCGUCGAUUCUGGGGAUGUGCGUGGCAUCAGAGCUUUCGCCGCUCCGUGUCUUCGCAUGGCAAAGCCGGGUCCGCGGCUCUAGGCCUGAACCAGGGAACUUGGGCAUCUUCUUACACAGAGCUGUACAUCGCCUUCUUCGUCUCCGGGCUCGUGCACUACGCCGCCGACGUGCAGGCCCUCAAUGCAUGGCACGGCGGCUCGAUGUACUUCUUCCUCGCCUAAGCGGCAGCCAUUACACUCGAGGAUCUCGUCGAAGCUCUCGGAAGAAAGGCUGGCGUCAAGGGCGGCCGCGUUCUGGGUCGGAUAUGUCAGGGUCACAAGCUGGUUUGCGUUGAGCCUUCCGUGCUGGGUCGGUCCGAUGGCCUGUGGCGGUCUGUUCGAGGGUCCGAGAAUGCGAUUCAGUUUCAUCCUCGGUCUCUUACGAGGACGGUGGUGGCUCCCGUCUGUCUAGUGUCGGUCGCGAAGGAUGACAUGCAUCUUGGGUUCUUGCACUUUUACAUCAUUUCGGGCCUUCGACUCGUACGAGAGGACGCAUUGCACUAUAGGACGUUGGCCUCUCUCCACAACACGCAGAGCUUCGCGGUGACCAGU